AUGGUAAAUAACGCCAUGAUACGGGUUUGGCUGCUCUUUGGUAAGGCACUAUUUGUUUUUGUAAUAAUGAGUAUCUAUUGGUCGUUACACUUAGGAUCAGAAGUACAUAAACAUUUUUUUGCCAAUUUUUCUAUUCUUAUAAGCAAAAGUUACAAAAACAACCAUUUGUUUAUUUUUUACUUCAAUACACUUUCAGUCGUCGUAACUGCGCAAGACCUAGACAAAUACUACGGUAUUCCAUUAAGUGGUGUACACCUAAGUUCAGAUGCUACUAGUGGAGAAAUAUAUGCGUACGAUGAAUACACUAUCUUCUUUAACCACCUCAAUCAUGCUCCAAAAGUGGUCGGAUGCACGGCCAUGAUGUUGGGCCCACCUCGACCUCAAGACAAAGGCCAAACUCUAAUCCCUGGUCAUGGGGUUAUUGUACCAGUCAGUCAGAGUUUUGAUGCUCCAUUUGAUGAUGCUCCACCUGCACCGGUCGUUUUUGAACGUAGCCAAAAGAAAAAGUUGUUUAGAAGAAGAUUGCGACGAAACGUUAACAAAUUGUUUAAUAACAAUAUGUUAAACUGGCCUGCACAAUUGGAUCACUUGCUGGUUGCGCCCGACAGAAGCAAAUUGCCUACAGCUUCAAUUGCACCAAAUUCGUUCAGUGGAAUUCACAUUCAACGAGGAAGUAACAAUUUGACCGAAACUGAAAUCAAUAUAACACCUAUUGAAAAUUCUAGUAGUACACAAAGUUCUACUAUUAAUAUCCAAGCUUCUUCUACUCCUUCUGCUGUGAGUCAGCUUGCUACAACAUUGGCUAUCCCUACAGCAAUUACUUUUGCUGAUAGACAAAUUAUUAACACUAAUACUUCUUCUACACCGUCUCUUUCUACACAGACAAACUCAGAAUCUACGACAAAAACCGUUUUUGUGUCAGAGAACAAAACUACAGCAAAUCCAGUAAGUUCUUCAGCAUCGUCAACACUACCGUCAUCUUCUACUCAAGCAUCUACAACAGUAAGGUCUGCUAUAUUAACAUCAAGUGUUACACCGUCCACACAAAACUCCACGGCAAGACCAGAUUCUGCCCAAAUUCAUGAUUCACAAAGAACUCACGGACAACAAAUGAUAGUACAAGCACAAAUAACUCCAGUACCUGUAAAGUCAACAAGGCUGGAAACGCUAAACAAAAAAGAAGAAAAAAGUAUACAUGUUUCUGAAAUUGUUGCUGGUAUUCCUGUACCAGUAACACCUGCAACCAAUGUUUCUAAAGUAGAGAGAACUUUCUCAGUUACUCAAAAGCUUGUUGUAAAUACGACCAAAGUUGCUGAGACUACAGCAAGAAGACCAGAAACUACUCAAACAACGACUGAAGCUAGUACUAAAAAGCUGAUUAUCAUUGCACUGUAAGUAUAAUUUUUACAAUAAUUCUCUAAAAACGAUAAUUUUAGACCCACAUCAACAGCACCACCAGUAACAACAACAGUAAAGCAUCCAAGAGUAUUAAAGACCCCACUGAACAAUGCUGAUAACGAUGAUUUUGAAAGCGAAUUUCCAGACGUCCUUCAGAUUCCAUCACGGUCUCAAGGAGAAUAUAAACUUGACGUUCAAUAUAGUGACCUGCUGCAAAAAUUAGGAGAAGAAUCAAAUGAAUUCAGAAGAGCACCAGUUAGAGAUACAAGUAGGUUUUAAGCAUCUUAUAAAGAAUUAGGCCAGUUAUCUUUGAUAAAAAAAAAGAAGCUUUUUUUCAUUUUUAUACCUAAAAUUGAUGCCUAAAACCUACUUCAGAAACUAAAGACAAGGAAAUCCAGCACACAUGGAAAGUCAUCGAUGAUCCUCACAAAUAUCAUCGUGAACGUGUGUUAAAACAGCUUUUAGCUGAAGAAGGCCAACAACAAUAUACAGUACCAACCAGAAAGAUUACCCCGCUUGACAAAGCGUUAGCGUUGCCAGAAAUUCAUCAAAAACAAGUAUACUUCUCUAUUCAAAAUGGAGCCAAAUUGAGUGAUUAUCACUGGUUUGGACUUUAUGAUCAUUGUGAGCAAGUAAGUAGUACAAAUUAGGUAUAAAAAAUCAAAUAAAAUUUAAAAAUUUAAAUUUUUUUAAAAUUUUUAGGUAAUACCAAUCAAAUUAAAAAAAUAUUAAAUUACUUCUAAAAACAUGAAUUUCAGCGACACUUAAAACUCGUUUCGUUACGAGGAGUCGAUCCUCCUCGAGAAGAGCGAAUCAUGCCGUUAAGUGGCUGGACUAAUGGCAUUUCAUCAUACCGUGUUCAUAUUUUAAACUGUAACACAAUUUUAGUUCCUGGGUUCACUUUUGAGCCUGGAACGGACGCUAGAAGUAUGUUAAAAAUUUUUUAAAUAUUGAAAAUUUUUUUUAAAUAGAAAAAAUACUGUAUUUUUUGUACUUAUUGACCAUUUUUUACAGAUUCCUUCUUUGUCGCUGGGAUUGGCGACUUUCCCGAUCAAAUCGAAAAACAAGUCAAGAUUAACAUUGUCGGCGAACAACCGUGAGUUAUCAGCUGUUUUUCAGUUUUACGCUAAUUCCAAGUGCUUUAUAUGCAAAUUAGAAAGCUAAAAAUAAGAAAUAAACAAAUUUAUAAAAGUUAAAAAACCUCUACAUUAUAAAAACUUUUAGAAACACCCCUCUCCGCCGCUACGACAACGAAGAUGUUCUUCUCCGCCUACCUCGUUCCUAUCGUACUUUUGACAUUGACUUCCUCAGCGUCUACAACAUGGAUACACAAAAGAGCAUGGGCCAUGUGAUCAUACCAUCAUUGUUGGUACCUCCAUGUCAAGAAGAGUAG